GUGUCGGCUUGUGGCCUUAUGACACUUCACCCUUGAAGAAGAUACAAAUUAUAUUUUUUGAAGCAUUAUUCUUAUCAAUCUUAUUAUGUCAGAUAAAUUAAUACAUUUUUCAAUAAUUAUACACACAAUUUGGGGAAUACCGGUUUGAUCUGGUUGACAUUGUUUAACUAACAAUAAGUACUGUUCAAUAAAUUUUAAUCACUAUUAUUUAGUAAAGAACUAUUUUUAGAUAAAGCUUUUUGUACAGAAUAUCAUAAGUUUUAAUAAUGUACGUGUGUGUGUGUGUGUGUGUAACUUUGUAUGUGAAAGAGAAUUGACAAAAUCUUUUACAACCAGCUUAAGAUCAUACUUUUAACAUGUUCUCAUCUUAAACAACAUGUUCGAAUCUAAAACUUUAGUCAACUAAAGAAAAAAAUCUGCAUCUCCUAAACUACGUAUAACUAUCUACUUUUUAAAUUAGUGAUUCAAUAAAGGUAUCUUUUUCAGCUCAACGUAUUUCUCGUGGAAAACUGCGAUAUUGCAAAAAUCAUGAAAAUACUCAUGUUCUUUCUUAUUAAUUGCAUUGUUAUUAUAGAAUACAAUUCAGGAUUGCUACUUACUAAUACCAUCAAGUAUAUCUUUACUAGAGUCCACUACGAUUGGACAAUAUUGAAAAAUCAGGCGGAAUUGGACAUAAUACAAAAGUAUGCAUGCAACGCAAGAUUCCAUACCAUCGCUUUUAUGCUUUUAGGUACUUUUAUGUGCGCGGGACUAUUCAUACUGUCUUCUAUACCAUUUAUACUUAAUGCAAUUAUACCACUGAAUGAAUCACGGCCGUUAUGGUUACCGAUUAUAGUAGAAUACUUCGUCGAUCAAGAAAGAUAUUUCUUUGCUAUUUUAACACACAUUUUCAUGACCACAUUUGCUGGUUGUAUAACACUAGCAGGUAUUGCAACAAUGCAUAUAGCAUAUGCAUUGCACAAUUGCGCCAUAUUUGAAAUUGUCAGCUAUCGAAUGGAGCACAUAUUUGAAGAAAACAUAUUACAAAUGUCAAAAGAUAUUCGGGAACAUAUACUACAUGAGAGAUUAAUUCAUGUAGUAUAUCUGCAUCGUAGAGCUAUAGAUUUGACCAAUAUCUUGACGAACGGUUUUGCAACAUUAUACGUCAUAUUAUUACUAUUUGGAAUAGCUUCUACGAGUUUCAGUGUUUUUCAUUUCUUUAAUGUGCUGACAUCUUUAAAUAACGUACUUGAAGUAAUUGAGACUAGCACCUUGAUACUUAUACAUUUGUAUUAUUUAUAUGUAGGAAAUUAUGUUGGACAAAGUAUCAUAGACACCAGCACAAAUAUUUUUCGAACAACAUACAAUACGAAAUGGUACGCAGCACCACUGUGGUUGCAGAAAGUGAUAUUGUUCAUUAUGCAGAGAAGUAGCAUCAGGAGUACUUUAACAGCUGCAAGUUUAUUUGAUGCAUCUUUAGAAGGUUUUGCUACGCUUAUGAGUAUGUCGAUGUCAUAUGUUAUGUUUAUGCUUUCUACGCGGAGUCAACAAGAAAAUAUGCAGAAGAAUUAUAAUUAUGAUUUAGUCGAAUUUGACUUAUAAAUAUAAAACAUAUUCGAUAUAUAGUAUAUGUACUCUGUUGCAUACACAUUAAUAAAAUACAUUUGAAGAAAUGAAUAUAUCAGAAAUGUAUGAAUUAUAUUAAUUAUAUUAAAAUCUUUUUAAUAUAAUGUAUAUCCAUUCUUCGACGUAGGUACGUGCAAGUAUACAAUAUUUGUUCUAAUAUUCUAGUAGUUAGUAAUGUGCAAAAGAACUGACCGUAGUAUCCUUCCACUCGUGGAAGCGUAAGUUUUUACAUUUAAUUCAUAAUUAAUAAUAUAUAAAAAUACUAAUAAUAUAUUAUAUAUAUUGAACGCAGAUAUACUUGAUCAUAAAUUUGGAUAGGAUUAUUAUAUUAUUAUUACUUUAAUGUUAUUAAGAAUAAAGGUAUUAAUUAUGACAUUGGAUGCUUUUGUAUCGAUAGCCAUGUUGAACAUAGUUGAAGUCAAACAGCUAAUUAAAUUAAAUAUUAAAGUUAUUCAUUUAUUGCUAUAUUUAUAAAAUUUUCGCUAUAAGCUUUAAUACCAUAUCAGCAUUUUUUUUCUUUUUUUUUCUUUUAGCUAGUAUGACGGUAUCUUAUCUCACUACAAUUUAUUCUGUGCAUUAACAUCAAAACAAAUGACAAAUCUGACUGUAAAUGAUAAGGCUUUAUUAAUAUGUGUUUAUAAGACAAUUUUUCAUUCACUCUUAUACAAUAAUAUACAGUUGUGACAAUAUUCCAACCGAAUAUCUCAUAAGAUUAUUCUAUUUUUUUUAUCAUUAAUACCAGCUCGUUAUUAUUCUAAUUGCUACAUUUUGUAUCCUUACAAUUUAAUUAAUAUUUAAUAUCUAGUUUCCUUUCUUGUAACUAACUAUACGUAAUCUCGUACCUUGCAUUUUCAACAUUCUUACACUUGUUGAUCGUUGCACUUUACACAAAACACAUAUUCGCUUUCUUUCUGUACGUACACAUUUUAACCCUUUGCACUCGAUAGCCUUUUCGCGAUAGAAUACUAGCAACUUACAA